UGCAGUCUCCCUCCAGGUCUCUCCAAUCCUCUUGAGCAUUUUCCCCGGAAGGCUCUUCUGAAAACCGGAAAAAGGAUCGGGAAACACUAGCAGGCACUUUGCGCUUGCGCUUAGGGGAGCCGGAAGUCGAGGCAGGAGUGAUUCUACUUCCGUUUCUAGUUUUGCUCUGGUGUUUGGGUUUCUCCUCGGCCGCCCAAGAUGAACCGAUUCUUCGGGAAAGCGAAACCCAAGGCUCCGCCGCCCAGCCUGACUGACUGCAUUGGCACGGUGGACAGCCGGGCAGAAUCUAUUGACAAGAAGAUUUCUCGAUUGGAUGCUGAGCUAGUGAAGUAUAAGGAUCAGAUCAAGAAGAUGAGAGAGGGUCCUGCAAAGAAUAUGGUCAAGCAGAAAGCCUUGCGGGUUUUAAAGCAAAAACGGAUGUAUGAGCAGCAGCGGGACAAUCUCGCCCAACAGUCUUUUAACAUGGAACAAGCCAAUUACACCAUCCAGUCAUUGAAGGACACUAAGACCACGGUUGAUGCUAUGAAACUGGGAGUAAAAGAAAUGAAAAAAGCAUACAAGCAAGUGAAAAUUGACCAGAUCGAGGAUUUACAAGACCAGUUAGAGGAUAUGAUGGAAGAUGCAAAUGAAAUCCAAGAAGCACUGAGUCGCAGUUAUGGCACCCCAGAAUUAGAUGAAGAUGACCUGGAAGCUGAAUUGGAUGCACUGGGUGAUGAGCUUCUAGCUGAUGAAGAUAGUUCCUACUUGGAUGAAGCAGCAUCUGCACCUGCAAUUCCAGAAGGUGUUCCCACUGACACAAAAAACAAGGAUGGAGUUCUGGUGGAUGAAUUUGGAUUGCCACAGAUUCCUGCUUCAUAGACUUGCAUCAUUCAAGUACCUCGUAUAAAAUGAACAUACAUUGUGGGACUGGGAAAUGUGUUAUCUUUCCGAAAUUUCCAUAACAGAUUUAGGUUUUUUUCUUUUCUUUGAAAGAAAGGUUAAUUACAUUGCUUUUUUUCUUCCCAGUAAGAGACUCAUCCCUUUGGAGAUGCUUUCUUUGUACUAAAAUUUGAUUCCUUUUUCUCCUAUGAAAGACUAACUUACUUAAAAGUAUCUUUGUAUGACUUAGUGAUCAUUUAAAAUAAAAUCAAGGAAAUGGGAAUCUU